CUUAUGACUGGAGCGACAUUGGAUUGUCAUUUUUUCAUUUCGUGGCUUUCGAAGUGAUUGGACGAGUUGAUCAACGCUGUUCUCGCUAUCAGUGCACGCAAAUUGUGAUAAGCGCUAAACUUCGAACUGAACAACCAUGUCGUCUAGCGCCUUAGAGCUCACUAUUACGUUGGUGUGUAUUCUAGCGCAAUUCAUCAGUCGUUCCUCCGCUGCUACAAGUGAUGCUAAUGAAUCUGUAGCUAUGACGGUGCAGAAAAUAUUUUCCGACCAUGAAGUUAUUCCGGACGUGAUUGACGCUGCACCCGCUGAGUUGGCCAAGAUCAGCUAUCCAAGUGGAGUGGUGGCAAACGGCGGCAAUGAGUUGACUCCAACACAAGUUAAGGAUCAACCACAGAUCGAGUGGUCGGCGGAAGCGGAUUCUUACUACACCCUGUUUAUGGUGGAUCCGGAUGCACCGCGUAGAACGGAACCGAAGUUUCGUUCGGUCUGUCACUGGUUUGUGGGGAACAUCCCGGGUAGCAAUAUCGACGAUGGCGAUCACCGCAUCGCGUUCGCUGGAUCUGGUCCGCCGCAGGGCAGCGGUUUGCAUCGGUACGCUUUUCUGAUCUAUAAACAGAACGGUAAAAUCGAUCUGUCCGAUGCACCUCGCACAUCGAAUCGAAGCCGUAACCAUCGGCUGAAUUUUCAACAUAAGGAUUACGUGAAGAAGUACGGAUUGACCGACCUGGUCGCUGGGAAUUUUUACCAGGCCCAGUAUGACGAAUAUGUUUCAACUCUACACGCGCAGCUGUCAUCGGAAAAAUCGAAUUGAAUCAUGUUCUGGCGGUAGAAAUAUAGAAUAAUAUUUUGUAGUAGUAGUGCGCUCUGAUUUUGUUACAUAGCCCAAUGAUUUUGAAGAAUAAACACUUUUUAAACUAAAA